AUGGGUGGCAAGGCCAAGCCCCUCAAGGCCCCCAAGAAGCAAGCCAAGGAGCUCGAUGAUGAGGACAAGGCUUUCCUUGAGAAGCAGCGUGCUGCUGAGAAGGCCAAGAAGGAGAUGGCUGCCAAGGCUGGCGGUAAGGGACCACUGAACACCGGUGCCCAGGGUAUCAAGAAGUCUGGAAAGAAGUAAACGGUGUACCCUCUGUGGGGCUUCGUUGGGAAUGGACACUAUUAGGGCGUUUUGGGGUUGUGGGUUGCGGGAUUGUUAUCAGGUUAAGGGCUCAGCUCGGCAGGUAGCAAAGGUGCUCGGUGAUGGCUUUGUGGCGCAAUAGAGAUUCAGUCAAGUGCUGACUGCUUGCUGCUUGGUAUGCAUGGCAUCUUUCCUGUCUUCGCUAGUGCGUUGUCGGAGAUGUCUCUGUCUGACCCAAAACUGCCGCUGAACCUCAUGAGGUUGGCAUGAAGUUGUAACAGCAAUAUGUUUUAACGUUCCUGUACGCGACAUGUACACGAGAGAUCACCCCAUCCAGAAUGAUAUCUACAGCAAGAUCUUUGUUCUGUAAAUACUUCACCAAAGUAUAUACAUGAUGGGGGAUAGUUAAUGUACCCGAGCCCCAGACCCAAAAGGAAUUACAUAAAAUUAUACAUGCACC